AUGAAUAGUUUAAAAUUUAAACUAACAUUUUAUACACUUUUUGGAUUAAUUUGGUCAUUAUUAGUUUUUUUCUUUUUAUCACCAUGGUAUGAAGAAACAUUAAAAAAAGAUAUAUUUGAAUUAAAACAAUAUAAAUUUAGUAAUUUUUUAAUUUUAUAUGAUAAAAUAGAAUAUAAUAAAUUUGAUUAUGUUGAUGGAGCAGAAACUUAUUUUAGAGAUGCAUUUGGUUUUGAAACUAAAACGUUAGAAGGGAUUAUGACAUCGAUUAAAGUAUUAUCAACAUUAGCUUUUCUCAGUACAACAUUUUUAAUUUAUUUUACAAUUAUAUUCUAUGUUCAUAUAAAAUUUAUAUUCGAUACAGAGAAUCAUAGAAGAUUAGGUAAAAAAGUAUGGUGUUAUGUUUUAAUUGGUUCACCAUUAGUUUCUUUCUUUUUAUCAUUUAUUACUCUAUUCUUAAUAAUUGGUAUACCAAGUGCUGUUAGAAAUGAUUGUUAUAAAGAAUAUGGUAAAAAAUUUUGUAAUUCACAACUUAGAUAUCAUACAUCAUUUAUUGGAGAGAAUCAAGUUUGGUUAUGGGGACCAUCAAGAGGUUGGAUAAUAUUAAUGGUUGAUACAAUUUUAACAUUUUUUGCAACAAUUUAUUGUUGGAGAAAUGCUCAUAAAUUUGAUGAAGUUAAAAUGAAAAAAAAGAAAAAAAAUUACUUGAAUAAUAAUAAUAAUAAAAAUAACAUAUUAUAA